AUGGGAAAGAUAGUCAUAUUAGGUAACAGGGAAAACGGUGAUGCUUUUGUUUUGGAUCAACCAGUUCCGUCACCUCUAGACUUAUUACUGACAAAUGAUGAAUACAUUAAAAUAUUAAAUAGUUUUAAUAAAUGUUUGAGGUGGCCUACUUUUAAAAUUUCAUUUAUCUUUCUUGGCUUUAUGUUUGCACUAAGUUGUUUAGUAUCGAUUACAAUCAAUAGUAAAACAAUAAAAUCUAUCUUAGUAGUUGUAUUUUCUACUCUUGGAUCUGUUGGUGUAGUUAUUGGUGUAAUAUUUUAUUCAAAAACAAAGAAACAAUUAAAAGAUAUAGCAAGUUUUUAUAGCUCACAAUAUUCAGAUAGAGGGUUAUCAUUUGUAUUCUCUGUAAAUCAAGAGGAGAAAUUACCACAGUAUCUAACCAAAAAGAUGUUUAAGAUAACAUGUGAAUUUAGUAGUUCAUUUACCAAAGACCUUAAUAAUAAUAAUAAUAAUAGUAGGAUAGCUCCAAUGACCGUUUCAUUUGAAUUGAACGACUUGGAUAACUCUUAUUUGUAA